AUGUCUCUGGAUCUAGCUAUAGAUAAAAACGACUCGUUUGUGCCCGACGAAGAAGACGAUUUGUGUCCUCUCUGUGUGGAGGAAAUGGACAUCACAGAUAAAAACUUCUGGCCAUGUCCUUGUGGGUACCAGGUGUGUCAGUUUUGUUACAACAACAUCAGAACGAACCCGGAGCUCAACGGUAAAUGUCCUGCGUGUCGUCGACAGUACGAGGACAAGAACGUGGUGCACAAGAACGUUACAGCCGAAGAAUGGAAGAUCAACCAGGCUCGUAAGGAGAAACAGAAACGGGAACGAAGACAAGUGGAAAAGGAACGGAAGGACGCCGAACAGGCUAAACGUCACCAUCUCGCAGGCAUGAGAGUCAUCCAGCAGAAUUUGGUGUAUGUGGUGGGUCUAAAUCCACCAUGUAGUGCAGAAGAUUUACCAGCAGUCUUGCGGUCAGACAAGUAUUUUGGUCAGUACGGUAAGAUCUCGAAAAUCGUCAUCAACAAGAGAACUCCAAACCCAAACAACCCGCAUCAUACCAACCCGGGAUAUGGCGUUUAUGUCACGUUUGCUCGGAAAGAAGACGCCUCCAGAUGCAUUGCUGCUGUUGACGGCUCGAUCAGCGAUGGACGGGUCCUCAAGGCUGCCCAUGGAACAACAAAGUACUGCUCUUCUUACCUUAGAGGACAGCCUUGUCCAAACCCAAACUGCAUGUUCUUGCACGAGCCAGGAGAAGAGGCCGAUUCGUACACUCGGAAAGAUUUGUCCACUCGUGCCAUCAACAAGAAGUACGAGGAAAGAAGUGCCACCAACGGUCUGAUUCCUCCUCCUCCCGCCUCGUCGUCGUCGUCUCACCACGAAGAACAACCCUCCCCAGAACCGGUGUCUGCGGUUCCUACUCCGUCGCCCGCUCCUGCUUCUGCCCACGACGACGAAAACAUGCCUGCUCUUCCUCCAACGGCCUCGUGGGCCAAAGUCCAGUCCCAGUCGAGCCUUGGUCCAUCCUCCAUCAACGACCUUCCUGUUCCUGGCGGACUUUCUGCCUUCCCAUCUUUGGGCGAUGCUCUGUUGCAAAGACCAGUGAAAACACCAACUAUCCAACAGAAGAAGAAAGACAAGAGCAAGGACAUCGGUAUCAUUGAAGACCCUCUGCUGUGCUUCAAGAUGGUGGACGAGAACCUCAAGCUGCUCAAUAGUCACGACGAGUUCUCCUACACGAUCAAGGCCAGUUUGAGAAAAAGUCCUGCCCAGGCGCCUUUCCACCGGUUCAAUACAGAAGAAAUGCACAACACUUUGAUCUCUCCAGAAGACAACAAACAGCACAUGUCCAAGCUGAUCGACUCGUUGUUGUUCGUUCCGUUCAGCAAGAACUACAGCUACAAGUCGUCUGUUUCUCCUGAGGCUGCCAAGCCUGUGCAAGCAGCACAACCUUCACAACAAUUCUACCAGCCUCAGCCACAGAGAUAUCAAAACAGCAUUCUUCAAGCCGGAAAGCAAUCUGCACAGCAAUUUCUACAACAACAGCUCCUUCAGGAACAGAAACUGAAGGCUCUGCGUCUAGAUAAACCAAGCACAGCCACUCCUCCUCCACCAGGACUUUUCCCGGCCUCCAGCUCGGAUAAUAUCAAGAGUAAUAACAGUGCCGAGCUGUUGAGCCAGUUGAUGGGUGGAAAGAAAGUGGCCGUGUAG